AUAUAUAUAUAUAUAUGUAUAUAACACUCGGUGCUCAAUAGCCUCAAUCUCUGUCUGAAAACAUGAAUCGCCGAUUCUCUCUCCUCCUCGCUUUCUCUCUCCUCAUUGCGACGUCGUUUGUCUCCGCCGACGACUCCAACGUCGACGACAACGACCUUGUAAUCCGUCAGGUGGUCAACGACGACGCCGACCACUUGUUGAACGCAGAGGGACACUUCUCGAUCUUCAAGCGCAAGUUCGGGAAAUCGUACGCCACGCAUGAGGAACACGAUUACAGGUUCGCGGUCUUCAAGGCUAACCUGCGCCGCGCGCGCCAUCACCAGAAGCUCGACCCGUCGGCGUCCCACGGCGUGACUCAGUUCUCCGAUCUGACUCCGGCGGAGUUCCGGCGGAAGCACCUGGGGUUGAACCGUCUCAGGCUGCCUGUGGACGCGAAGGAGGCUCCGAUCCUUCCGACCAAUGAUCUCCCGACCGAUUUCGAUUGGAGAGACCACGGUGCCGUCUCAGCUGUAAAGAAUCAAGGCUCUUGUGGUUCGUGCUGGUCGUUUAGUGCUACUGGGGCAUUGGAAGGUGCUCAUUUUCUUGCAACUGGAAAGCUUGUUAGCCUUAGCGAGCAACAGCUUGUGGAUUGUGACCAUGAGUGUGAUCCAGAAGAUGCACGUUCUUGCGACUCUGGCUGCCGUGGUGGGCUGAUGAAUAGUGCCUUCGAGUACACUCUCAAAUCUGGUGGGCUUAUGCGAGAAGAAGAUUAUCCUUACACCGGUACUGAUCGUGGAACCUGCAAAUUUGAUGAGACCAAGAUUGCAGCGUCGGUGUCUAACUUCAGUGUUGUCUCCCUUGAUGAAGAUCAGAUUGCUGCAAAUCUUGUGAAAAAUGGUCCUCUUGCAGUGGCUAUCAAUGCCGUUUUCAUGCAAACAUACGUCGGAGGAGUUUCAUGCCCAUACAUAUGCUCGAAGCGGUUGGACCAUGGAGUGUUGUUGGUAGGGUAUGGUGAAGCUGGCUAUGCUCCCAUUCGAAUGAAGGAGAAGCCAUACUGGAUCAUAAAGAAUUCAUGGGGUGAACACUGGGGGGAGAACGGAUUCUACAAAAUCUGUCGGGGUCGCAACAUUUGCGGAGUGGACUCCAUGGUGUCAACCGUUGCUGCUGCCCAUGUCCAUACCCCCUCUCAGUAGGAUAUGAAUUAUUGAAUUCCAGUAAUAUUCAGUGUCUGUAUAUAAGGAGUAUUACUAUGUAAUGCAACUCCCCAUUGUCUUUAACUUAUUUAGCUCUCAAAAAUUCCCAGUCAGGAAACAAAUUUAUUGUUCAUAUGUGGUGGUUCAAAACUAAAAUGUCCAUCUAUGUGAUGUAGGUUUCAUGCUACAAUCAGGUGUGAUGGUUCUAUAUCAAAAAUCUCAAUCUAUCUUAUGAUUUGCUCUCC